CCAAGCUUAAAGCAGUAUCCUGCCUUUAUGGUUUCACCUUCUUAGUAAUCUCUGGGGUUGCUGGGACUGCAGUGAGAAAGAGCCUGAAAUUUGCAAACUCGGACGAUGGGGAAGAAAAGGUGUGCUAAACUCAGGUCACAAAGGUCCAUUCUUAAUCUUCCUCUGAAAGCCUUGCUCCUCACACCUUAUGGCCAACAGCUCGAGGGAAGUCCUCACAGCAAACUUACUCCACCUAAGCCAAGGCCAGGUGUGGGGAGAAGGGGCUGAGAAAUGUUAGAAAUGUGAACGCAGUCCCGGCGGGAGAAGAGAAGGGGGUCUCGAGGGGUGCCCCUAUGCAGCACACACACAUGCCAGGCACUGACUUGGAAAAGCAAAAACUUCGUGGGACAUCCUCCCGCGGCAGGAGGGUCCUGAACCCUAUGCCAAGACUCAUCCACAACCUAGGGGGAGGCGGCCACCCGCGCACCACUGAAGCUAAAGGGUGACCUAAGGGCUGCGGCUGCAAGUGCACGUCAACACGGCUGUCUCGCACAAGACACCUGGGGCGCGGAGACGAACUUCCCCGCGAUCUGCCAGGGUGCGCAGAGCCUCUUCUCCCCGCCAGGGCCCCGCCCAGCCUCACUUAUUUUAAAAGCAGUAGCCAGCAGCGCGCCGGCGGCGUGCGUCUCGCUAGCCGGGAGGACGUCAGUGCCGCGCUGUCGAGCCUCCAGCCCGCCCCGCUUUCCUUCGCAGUGACUCGGCGGCAGCCAGGACAGCGCGCACCGACACUCCCACACGCGCUCCAGCCUCCUACUGCCUCCCCGGCCAAAGAUGGCGGCUCUCAAACUCCUCUCCUCCGGGCUUCGGCUCUGCACCUCUGCCUCUAGAUCCGGGGGAGCCUGGUACAAGGGAUGUGUUUGCCCCUUUUCCACCAGUGCUCAUUGCCAUACUAAGUUUUAUACAGAUCCAGUGGAAGCUGUAAAAGACAUCCCUGAUGGUGCAACCAUUCUUGUUGGUGGUUUUGGGUUAUGUGGAAUUCCAGAGAACCUUAUAGAUGCUUUACUUAAAACUGGAGUAAAAGGACUAACCGCAGUCAGCAACAAUGCAGGGGUUGAUAACUUUGGUUUGGGCCUUUUGCUUCGGUCCAAGCAGAUAAAACGCAUGGUUUCUUCAUAUGUGGGAGAAAAUGCAGAAUUUGAACGACAAUACUUAUCUGGUGAAUUAGAAGUGGAGCUGACACCACAGGGCACACUUGCAGAGAGGAUCCGUGCAGGUGGGGCUGGAGUUCCUGCAUUUUAUACCCCCACAGGGUAUGGGACCUUGGUACAAGAAGGAGGAUCGCCCAUCAAGUACAACAAAGAUGGCAGUGUUGCCAUUGCCAGUAAGCCAAGAGAGGUGAGGGAGUUCAAUGGUCAGCACUUUAUUUUGGAGGAAGCAAUUACAGGGGAUUUUGCUUUGGUGAAAGCUUGGAAGGCGGACCGAGCAGGAAACGUGAUUUUCAGGAAAAGUGCAAGGAAUUUCAACUUGCCAAUGUGCAAAGCUGCAGAAACCACUGUGGUAGAGGUUGAAGAAAUUGUGGAUAUUGGAGCAUUUGCUCCAGAAGACAUCCAUAUUCCACAGAUUUAUGUACAUCGCCUUAUAAAGGGAGAAAAAUAUGAGAAAAGAAUUGAGCGUUUAUCAAUCCGGAAAGAGGGAGAUGGAGAAGCCAAAUCUGCUAAACCUGGAGAUGACGUAAGGGAACGAAUCAUCAAGAGGGCCGCUCUUGAGUUUGAAGAUGGCAUGUAUGCUAAUUUGGGCAUAGGAAUCCCUCUCCUGGCCAGCAACUUUAUCAGCCCAAGUAUGACUGUUCAUCUUCAAAGUGAAAAUGGAGUUCUGGGUUUGGGUCCAUAUCCACGACAACAUGAAGCUGAUGCAGAUCUAAUCAAUGCAGGCAAGGAAACAGUUACCAUUCUUCCAGGAGCCUCUUUUUUCUCCAGCGAUGAAUCAUUUGCAAUGAUUAGAGGGGGCCAUGUCGAUCUGACAAUGCUAGGAGCCAUGCAGGUUUCCAAAUAUGGUGACCUAGCCAACUGGAUGAUACCUGGGAAGAUGGUGAAAGGAAUGGGAGGUGCUAUGGAUUUGGUGUCCAGUGCCAAAACCAAAGUUGUGGUCACCAUGGAGCACUCUGCAAAGGGAAAUGCACAUAAAAUCAUGGAGAAAUGUACGUUACCAUUGACUGGAAAGCAAUGUGUCAACCGGAUUAUUACUGAAAAGGCUGUGUUUGAUGUGGACAAGAAGAAAGGGCUGACUCUGAUUGAGCUCUGGGAAGGCCUGACAGUGGAUGACAUACAGAAGAGUACUGGGUGUGAUUUUGCAGUUUCAGCAAAACUCAUGCCAAUGCAGCAGAUCGCAAAUUGAAAUGUGGAUAUUUGUACCAGGCUGCGUGUUUUUCAUUUUAAAAACAUAGGAUUUAAUUGAAAGGACAUCAAUAACUAUAAUUGUGUAUUUAACAAGUGGUUUUUGAUUAGUUUUAUUCUAGUGUUUCAGACUUUAUGCAGCCAUGUAAAAUGUUCUCUAGGCAUGCUGUGACAUUUGAAUAAAAAGAAAAAGGAGCAUUAAUAAUUAAUCAUUUGUUAAGUGCUGAGAAGGUUGUUUUUAUAAUUGGUAAUUAUAUUGAAUGCGUUUUCACUGAAUAUAGUAUGUAUGCUAAAAAUAUGACCCUUUCCCCAAGACGGGCCCUAGAAAUUGAUGUGCUUUUCCUCUUAACUAUUAUCAGCCCUGAAAGAAAGAUAACGUGUGAUUUUAAUCGCAAAAUCACAUAUAUGUUAUCUUUCUUUCCUGACUGUUUUUUCUUCAACCUCCUCUGACUUUUCUUUUGGGGCUUCUGAUUUUGUGAUUAGAUCUUGUCUCCCUUAGAGCAUCCUCCUUCCUCCCGUAUUGCUUUGUAGCUAAAAAGAUGCCCCAGAAGGCACACAGGAAUAUCAUCUUGUGGCGGAGGGCAGGGAAAAGUAACCAUUUCAAAUGAAUCAUCUAUCUGUGCUUUGCAAAGACUAAGGUUUGUUAUAGGAAGAGGGCUAGAAACCUAACUGAUCUUCUCAGUUUUCUCAUUUUAAGAUAGUCCAAUAUUCCUUUGUAUCCUCAAGGAUCCUUGAGAAUAUUUCUGUUACUGAGGCCCAGUGGGCUACUUGUACUGUACUGCCUCACAAGCCAAGAAGGGCUGUGUGGGAUAAUUUACCAUGAAUCGUUAGUAGCAAUGAGAGCAGAGUUAAAAAAUAAAAGGUACUUUAAUUUCAGGCUCUCGUUUUGGUUCAGAGAAGAUUUUAAUGGUUUUUCUUCUGCCAAGACUUCUUUCUUUAACAAAGUGCCUUUAAUUCAGACUUAUCCAACUAGGGAAAACAGUGAUGGACAAGUCUCGGACUUAGAGUCAGUGAACUUUUAGUGUCAGGGAAUAAACGUGGUGGGUAGAUUAGGUUUGAAAGAAUCUUCCUUAGAAGUAUCCUCAAUACCAGACAGGAGCGCAUGGGAAUCACUUCAGAAGCAUCCCGGAUAACAAACAACAGAUGGGUAAAAAUUCGAGACACCCUGAAGAACAAGUGAGACAGCUGGCCUCUGGAGAGAGGUAGGCAUAGUGCAGUGCAAUAUAUCAUUCCUCUGUCCUAAAUAUAGGAACUUAUUCAUGUUUCUAGGUGAUGGUGGUUAUUGAAACUCAUUUCUCUUCAGAUGUAGCUACAAUUGUGUAAUAUACAAUAUUAGAGAAAGGAUAGGCAUUUUAUGAGUAACACACUCCAUAUAAAAUAGCCUUUCUCGCUGGCCACAUGGUUAAAUGCAUACCUUUCCAGUACUGGGGAGAAUAAAUGACCCUUCUUAGAAUGUGCGGUGUCUAUGAGAGUAAUACAUUGAUAUGAUUAGAAUUGUUGAUAUUGUAUCUUCAAACUUGCUUGUCAUUCCAGUAUGCGUCUUUAAGAUAAUGUGAUUCUAAGUAGAUGACUAUAUACUUGAUUAAAGCAUGCUAUACAUGUGAAGAAAUGCAUUAAGAAAUACAAUAAAUAUUCCAAAAUGAUAU